AUGUCGUUCUAUGCCUACAAAGACGUUAUAGAAGAAGGCGAUCUUGUUCUCGCCUUCAUAAGCAGAGGAAAUAUAAAACCCAUCAAUGUCACAAAAGGACAAACAUUAAAUACCCGAUAUGGACAAUACGACCAUGAUCGCAUGAUAGGCAUGAAGUAUGGAGAGCAGAUGGCAGGAGCCAAAGGUCAUGGAUUCAUACAUUUAUUACAUCCCACACCCGAAUUAUGGACUUUAUCGCUUCCACACCGUACGCAGAUUGUGUAUACACAUGACUCUUCGUAUAUUACUCAGAGAUUGGGUGUGACUAGUGGAACCAGAGUCAUCGAAGCUGGCACUGGAUCGGCCUCAUUUACCCAUUCUUUUGCGAGAACCGUGGGACUUGAGGGCCGGGUAUUCACAUACGAGUUUCAUGAACCUCGUUUCGUUGAAGCAAAGGCAGAAAUCGAGAGCCAUGGUCUCGAUAGUAAUACUUACAUUACCCAUCGAGACGUUUGUAAUGAUGGUUUUGAAGUGGAAAACAUACCGCCCAGGUUCAAUUCCGGCGAUGGAAUUGCUGGAGAUGUGGUGUUUCUCGAUUUACCUUCACCGUGGGAUGCAAUUCCUCAUUUGCCCAAAGUCAUUUCACAAAAGUCCCGCGUAGGAAUCUGCUGUUUCUCGCCGUGUAUGGAGCAAGUCACCAAGACAGUGGAAGCACUUAAGGAAAAUGGCUGGAUCAGUAUUGAGAUGGUGGAAGUUGCUGGGCGCAGAUGGGAAGCUCGUAAAGAGAUGGUGCGAGACAUUGACGAUGUGCUCAAACGAAUAAGAGAUAUUCAAGGCAGAAAAAACCAGGGCAUCGAAAAGAGAAGAGCCGCCAAGGUCCAGGACUCACGCAAAAGAGAAUUUUCCGAGGUGGAGUCGCCGCAAGAAUCGCCGGAACCUUCUUUUCAAAAUCUCACUCCAGGAUAUAAUCCGUUUGGCCGAGGCCAACGAGUCAAAGAAGGAGACGAUAAAUUUACAUGGAGAAACGUUACCAGGAUAGAAGUGGACGUCAAAAGUCAUACUUCAUAUCUUACAUUUGCCUAUAAAAUGCCUUCACCAUAG